AAAAAAGCACCUAAGCGAAAAGGAAAAAGAGAAAAAGUUGAAGUGAACAACUGCUAGAGACUGUUAAGAGAAUAUAGUCUGUUCCACGAGCUGCCAGCGAGUAGGUUGGCUUGCACAAGGCUUCUCACACUCUCUGUAUAAUGUCGAAACUGGAAUCUAACUUAAGGUCUCGGCUACAAAAACAACAAUAACAACAACUGCAACAACAACAACAACAACAACAAUAAUAAUAACAUAAAAACAGAAACAACAGAAAGCCCCCGAAAACUUCAAGAACAAACAAACAAGGAAAUAAUUGAAAACAAAAACGAACAAAAACAGUAAAAAAAAAAAAGAAGCAUAUCCCUGUUAUAGAAUGAUGUAUAUAUAUAUAUAAAUAUAAAUACACAUAUAUUCAAACACAUGUAAAUAUAUACAUAUGUAUUAUGUAUUAAUUUUUCUUUUACAUUUUUGUUUAUGAAACUUAAAAAGGAAAGGAAAUACUUCAAGAAAAGGGUGGUUUUGGUAUGUUACGUACCCUGUUUCAUGAAAAGAAAAAACGGACUUACCUGCUCUGGACUAUGUUCAUGGUUGUUAUUUUUUAUGUUGCUGUUACAUUGUACCAGUCAGUUAUUUAAUAACUAAUUUUGUUUUAACAAAAUUUAACCUUUCUUUGUUUUUUUUUGUUCCGUUUAUCAUUUUAAUCUGUUGUUAUUUUCUGUUAACUGUCGGGGAAAAUUAAUUACAAAGAAACAACAAUUAAUUUCUAGUCACCAUUAAUUAUUAAAAUAUUUAUUUAAAGUAUAACCAACAAUUUUUUAUUGUUCUUUAAUUAAAUCUGGAUACAAAUUUUCUUAUUAUAUUCUUUCUCUUCCUCAUUUAUAUUAUAAUUAAACACACACACACACAUAUAUAUAAUUACAUAUGCAUACGUACACGUAAAUAUAGAGAUGAAUGCACAAUAUUUCAUUUAAAUAUUUCAACGUAUUUCUAUGCCUCUAUCGAUAUAGUUAUAAAUAAUGUCUCUACAUAUGAAGCAUUAUUACCUCAUUUUCAAAACUCAUGGAAUUUAAUUUGCGAUGACAUAUGCUUCCAAUGUGUAUAUAUGUAUAUAUGUAUAUAUAUAGAUGAUAUAUAUAUGCAUAUAUAAACACAUAUAUGCAUCCAUGCUCAAUAACACAGAUUUCGCUACCUCUAAACAAAUAUUUGAUUGAGACGAAAAAGAGAAAAUUAAUUAAGAAGAGAAACGUAAGGAAUAUAAAAGAAAAGAGAAAAUGACGGCUAAACUGCAGUACGUAUGACAAUGACCGUCUCACCCUUCCUCAAAGGACUAAAAAAAAAAUAACAAGGAUGAAUGAAUAGAGAAUGAGACAACAUAAAUAACAACAAUAACAGCAACAACAGCAGCAGCAGCAACAACAACAACAACAAUAACAACAAAUUUAUUUAGUUAAAAAGUUUUUUUGUUUUGUUUCUUUUUUUUUUUCAUUUUCAAGAAAAGACAACUUCAAAGUUUUUAAAGACUUUAUUCAAUUUGACGCAGGGAUUUUAAAAGUGAUAAUCCAAAAAUAGACCAAAUCAAAAAAAAAAAAAGAAAAAAAUCAAGUGUCCUUCACUAUUUUUACAUACUACUACUACUACUACUACUACUACUACUACUACUUGGCACCACUAAUAAUAAUAAUAGUAGUAUUUGUGAUUGUUAUUGUUAGUGAUAAUCCAACCAAUAGGCACUUUUUGUACCAAGGAUAACAACCACAAGAAUUGGAUGUUCGAAACAAAACUGACGCUUCGAAAUUCACCAACGUAUUUAUUUAUACAAAGCGUAUACAUACAUACACUCAUUAAAUUGUCACAAAAGUACAAAACAAACACACACGAGCGCAUUUGCAAAAACAUAUAAAAAACAUACACAAACAUAUACAUACAUAGAUACACACAUACGCAUGUGUAUGAGCCGAUCAAUUGUAUGUUAAUUAAUUAAUUAGCUCCAUAUAAAAUGAACGGAGAUUCUUUUGUUUUCUCCUGUCAGUUUUACAUUCCUGGGUAUUUAUAAUUUAAAUAUUUUAUAAGAUCAGACAGAAAAAAAUAUACAAACGUAAAGCAUAUCUGGUUUAUCAUGAAUGCAUUCACUCAUAAAUAUCCUUUCCCCUCAUAUAAACACACACCAUUACUAUAAAACAAAAUACAUAUAUAUUUAUAAUAUAAUUGCUGAGUUCAUAUUAAUACACUCAACACUUCAGCCGCUGUUUAUUUAAAUUACAAUUUAUUUCAUUUUCAUUUUAUACUUUUAAAUAUGGACAUACAUCUACAUACAUAAAUACAUCCAUACAUCAAGCAAACACUGGCUGGUUCAUAAUCAGCCACGACCCACCCAUCCCAGGCGCGAAAUUAACAUCCACCUUUUCCUCCCCACCCGGCAUUUUUCACUUUAGUGUUUAUUCAAUAUGCAAGCGAGAUUAUACGACAUUUUACAAAUGUCGACGGCUGGAACAGGUGCGUCUUCAAAUCGCGGAUGUUGUGAAAAUGGACGUCCAAUUAUUACGGACCCUCAUACUGGACAGACGAUUUGCUCAUGCCAGUACAGUGCCAGUUUAUUGAAUUAUCCCCGUGUUCCAGGAUUGACCGAGAGUGUUUAUAGUGGAGCAUCGGCGUAUGCUGCUGCCGCUGCUACCCAGGGCUAUUUACCUCUCGGCGCCGAAGGAUCAGCAUUCUACUCGCCUUUGAAUGGACCUUAUGAAGUAAAAGACAGUCCCGAUGGACUUCGUUCUUUGACACAGCCAGCAUCUUAUUUCCCUUAUGACCCAUCUAUGGCAGUUUACCCGUAUGGGACGGGGUAUGGCGGAUUAGAUUUGAAUGCUCGGCGGAAGAACGCCACUCGAGAGACGACAAAUACUUUAAAAGCAUGGCUUUACGAACAUCGCAAAAAUCCAUAUCCAACCAAAGGAGAGAAGAUCAUGUUAGCUAUAAUCACUAAAAUGACACUGACACAGGUUUCCACGUGGUUUGCAAAUGCACGGCGGCGUCUGAAAAAAGAAAAUAAAAUGACAUGGUCGCCACGCAAUAGGUCUGAAGAUAGUACUGAUAACUUAGAUAGUGAGGGAGAAACAGAAAACAAAGAAUCAGAAAAUGGAGACGCAUCAGUAACGGCAACGACUGCAGGAGUUGAGAAAGAAGACCAUGGAGAUGAUAAUCCACGGGUGCACAGCCCAGGUCAUACUGUUGAUAACGGCGAAAGACCUCACCGAAAAGUAUUGGAUGAUUCCGAUGCAGAUUCUGAUUUAGAAGACCCAUCAGUGCUGAAAGAUGAACUAGUUACAUCAUCCACUAAAGACCGACGCCCCUUAGGUUUGGGUCACGCGAGCAAAGCUCUUCUUACCAUGGAUGGUAAUAUAUCAAUAAUGGCCGCGCACUCACCGGCUAUCGACGUUUUAUCGGACUCUAAUCGAGAAGGUGACCUAAUAAAAGAGGGCCAUUCCAUGACAUCGUCGAACAGUCACGUACAUAGCAAUGUAAAUGGCAACAGCAGUAGCAGCAGCAGCACUAGCGGCGGCAGUAGCAAUAACAAUAAUAGUAGCAAUACCAGCGGACGUAUUUCAACUCUCAAGAACAACAACAACAACAACAGCAACAACAAUAACAACAGCAGCAGCAGCAACAGCAACAGAACUACUAACAAUCAGCUUAAUUCACAAUCUCGCAAUGACAUGGACAGUUCAUCACCUGUACGACCGAAAAUCUGGUCGGUCUCGCAAUUUCUCGUGAACUCUCCAUCUAGCAGCAGCGAAAGUAAUAGCAGUAGUAGUAGUCCAGUUGGUGGCGCCAGCGGUGGAGUUCCGGUGGGCAAAACCGUGCCAGUUUUCACAUCGGGUAACAGAUUGCACCCGAGUCCGGGUUAUCUUUAUCUACAAUCAGCUAGUCAAACAUGGAAUGGGGGACGUUACGGGGCUCUUAGCGCAUAUCCUAUUUCUAUGUCUCACACAACUCUCUCAUAUCCUUAUAGUCUAUCAACACAUACCUCUUCAAAGACUGCACUUGGUGUAGCUGCUACGGCGGUGCACAGUGCAGCAAGUGUCGAACUUUUACACAAUGCCGAAAAACUGGCUAGCUCACAAAAAGGAUUGUUUUCACCAGCCAGAGAUAUAGAUGGCAUGAGGAACAGACUAUUCCCCAAAGAAGCUUCAAAAUAUUUCUGAAACGAUGUUGUUAUAUAGGUCUAAGUGUAAACGAGUAAAAUAAUUCGCGACACAACAGUCUACAACUGACAAUAAUCAUUUGACAGCAUUCGAACAUACACACACACACAAACACAACAAAAUUCUAACGAUAAUGAAAGGUUU